AUGGCCGAAUAUGAAGAGCUCUACAAGGAGUCCAUCGAGCAGCCCACCAAGUUCUGGACGCGCACUGCCAACGACCUGCUCACCUGGGACAAGCCCUUCACUCACGUCUCCAGCGGGUCUCUCGACAACGGCGACAUGGCGUGGUUCCCCGACGGCCAACUCAACGUCUCCUACAACUGCGUCGAUCGCUGGGCCAUCCAGGACCCGAGCCGCGUCGCCUUUGUCUACGAGGCCGAUGAGCCCGGACAGGCGACCAACGUCACCUACGGCGAGCUCCUGCGCCAGGUAUGCGGCCUGGCCAACGUGCUGAACAGCUUUGGCCUGCGCAAGGGGGACACUGUUGCUAUCUAUAUGCCUAUGAUUCCCGAAGCCGCCGUUGCCAUGCUGGCCUGCGCCCGCCUUGGCCUCGUGCACACCGUUGUCUUUGCUGGCUUCUCGUCGAGCUCCCUCGCUGAGCGCGUCGCCGACGCCCGCGCCCGCGUGGUCAUCACCGCCGACGAGGGUCUGCGUGGCAGCCGCCCCAUCCGCACCAAGGCUAUUGUCGAUGAGGCGCUCAAGACCUGCCCCGAGGUCGAGAGGGUCCUUGUCUUCCGCCGCACAGGCAGCGAGAGCGUGGCAUUCAGCGCGCCCCGCGAUGUCUGGUGGCACGAGGCCGUUGCCGCCCAGCGCCCCUACUGCCCGCCCGUCCCUGUCAGCGCUGAGGACCCGCUCUUCCUUUUGUACACAUCGGGAUCAACUGGCAAGCCCAAGGGCGUCGUGCACACGUCGGGCGGCUACCUACUGGGUGCCGCAAUGACCCUGAAAUACGUGUUUGAUAUUCACGACAACGACGUGUUCUGCUGCACGGCCGACAUCGGAUGGAUUACUGGCCACAGCUACGUCGUCUACGGUCCCCUGGCGCUCGGAUCCACAAGCGUUAUUUUUGAGUCGGUCCCCACCUACCCCGACGCCUCGCGCUUCUGGAAGCUGAUUGAGGACCACAAGAUCACACAGUUCUACACCGCGCCCACCGCCAUCCGCGCCCUGCGCCGCCACGGCGACGAGUUUGUCACUAAGUGCGACCUCUCAACCCUGCGCGUCAUUGGCUCUGUUGGCGAGCCGAUCAACCCUGAUGCCUGGACCUGGUACAACGAGGUUGUUGGUGGCGGCCGCUGCGCCGUCGUGGACACCUACUGGCAGACAGAGACUGGCUCGCAUGUGAUUACUCCCCUCCCCGGAGCCACCUAUGCCAAGCCCGGCUCGGCCACCUUCCCCUUCUUUGGGGUUGAGCUCGCCAUCCUUGACCCGACCACUGGCACUGAGCUCGAAGGCAACGACGUCAGCGGUGUGCUCGCGAUCAAGAAGCCCUGGCCCUCGAUGGCGCGCACCAUUGCCGGUGACCACAAGCGCUUUGUCGAGACCUACCUGAGCCCGUACCCCGGUUACUACUUUGCUGGCGACGGCGCCAGCCGCGACGCCGAUGGCUACUACUGGAUUCGCGGCCGCGUUGAUGACGUGAUCAAUGUGUCUGGCCACCGCAUGUCGACUGCCGAGAUCGAGUCUGCUCUGAUCGGCCACUAUGCUGUCGCCGAGUCGGCCGUUGUUGGCGCCAACGACGAGCUCACGGGCCAGGCAAUCUGCGCCUUUGUCACGCUGAAGGACGGCUUCGAAGCCAACAGCCUGCUCAAGGCCGAGCUGCUGCCCAAGACGCGCUCGGGCAAGAUCAUCCGCCGCAUUCUGCGCAAGGUCGUUGCUGGCGAGGCUGACCAGCUUGGCGAUCUCUCGACUCUGUCUGACCCCUCGAUCCUCGAUGUCCUCAUCAGCGCGGUCUCUGCGACGUCUCUGUAA